UCCUGCGACGCCGACGUUGACGAGUGAGGUGCUACAGCUCCGAGGAUUUGUUAGACAUCAGUCGGAGUAGCCGCGUUCAGGGCGCAGGACUCACAGGAAUAUUCAACAUCCAAGGAAAACCAUCUGGGGGUGAACCAGUGAAUAUUCCAAAGUGGGAAGGUUGACGCGAGACCAUGGCAGCCAUCCUCAGUUUAAUAGACGAUUUCCAGGACUUAAUGGACAGACAAGGAGAUCCGAGGACUAGCAAAUGGUUCCUAAUGUCAAGCCCAUUCCCUACUGCUGCAAUCUGUCUCACAUAUGUAUAUAUUGUAAAAGUACUUGGCCCAAGACUUAUGGAAAAUCGUAAACCAUUCGAGCUAAAAAAUCUACUGAUUGCAUACAACUUUUUCCAAGUUAUAUUCAGUGCAUGGCUUUUUUACGAGUGUCUCAUGAGUGGAUGGCUGACUGAAUACAGCUUCCGGUGCCAGCCUAUCGACUACUCCGACAACCCUUUAGCUGUCAGGAUAAGCAUGUCAGGUUGGUUAACAGGCCUGUAUAAUUUCCGUUGUCAACCUGUCGACUAUUCAAAUAAUCCCAAGACAUUAAGGAUGGUCCAUGCAUGUUGGUGGUAUUAUUUCUCCAAGUUCACAGAAUUUUUUGAUACAUUCUUUUUUGUGCUUCGGAAAAAGAACAGUCAUGUGUCAACACUGCAUGUAAUUCACCAUGGAGUAAUGCCUAUGAGUGUUUGGUUUGGAGUUAAAUUUACACCAGGAGGCCACAGCACUUUCUUUGGACUGGUUAACACAUUUGUUCACAUUAUUAUGUAUACUUAUUACUUGUUGGCUGCAAUGGGCCCACAAUAUCAAAAAUACCUUUGGUGGAAAAAAUACCUCACUGCCUUCCAAAUGGUACAGUUUGUAGCAAUAAUGGUACAUGCCUUCCAGCUAUUGUUCAUAGACUGCAACUAUCCCAAGGCAUUUGUGUGGUGGAUUGGAAUGCAUGCUGUCAUGUUCUAUUUCCUGUUUUCGAAUUUUUAUAAUCAAGCUUACAAGAGCAAAUCACGAAGAGAAGAGAAAUCUGAUCCACAGGUAGGAAAAAAACUCUAA